AUGCAAGUUGAUAGUACCAUAAUAAAGAGUAGCGAUGAUCAUUUACAACUUAACAAUGGGAUCCAGCAUAUGCUACUGAAGAUUAUGCAUGAUACAACACCUCGGAAACGAGAAUACAUAGAAGAGUCAAAAAUAACUGAAGUUUGGUCAUCCACUUCGAGGGGCACAUGGUCUGACAAGCACAGCUUCCCAUCAACUACACCUUCACAAUCUCCUUUUACAUCAGCUUCAGAAGCAGAAACAAGGACUGUAGAAUCAUGGGCACCUAAAAUCAGGGCACAACCUGAUGCAGAUAGGCCUUCUGACACUGCAUCUUCGACUACUGUCAUCGUUAAAGAUUCCGAUUGGACAAGCAAUAUUCAUGCAACGGAAAAUUGGGAUACUUCUAGAAGGACCACAUUUCCUGUUGCGUCUAGUCUCGAGAAAACUAAGGAACUAGACGAAAUGAUCACUGUGCCAGAAGAAAAAAAAUCUGCGAAGUGGGCUGUGAUCAAAUCCACUAGACAAGAUGAUAAGGAGCAAGUACAACAGCAAAAGCAUAAGGAUGAGACAUUAACAAGAUAUGAUGGUAGUCGAACCGCUUUAAAGAUAUCGGAAGAAGCAUCAACAGUGUAUGGAAGAAGUCGAACAGAUAUGCGAAUGCCUGAUGAGACAUCAACGAGAUACGAUAGCGGCCGAACGGAAAAAAGAAUAUCAGAUGAGGUGCCAACAAGAUAUGACAGUGGUGAAACUGCUUUAAAGAUAUCGGAAGAGGUAUCAACAAGAUAUGAUAAAGGCCAAGCUGACACGAAAAUACCGGAUGAAACACAAACAAGAUAUGAUAGUAGUCGAACAGAUAUGAGAAUGUCGGAUGAGGUACCAACAAAAUAUGCCACAGACCGAAAGGAUACAAAAAUAUCAGAUGAAGCAACAACGAGAUAUGACAGAGGCCAAACGCAUACUCGGUCGACUCGUUACGAAGUUGGUUUGAUCACUUCAUUAUUUGCUAUCGUUGUUCGUGGAGUAGUUUUUCCAUAUGAUUGGUUUAGCUUAUCUACAUUUAUAGAUUCGAAAACUGAUCGAAAACCGUCGACGGAAAUGUUUACUCGUCAAAGACUUCCUGUCAAAAGUCUAUUUUUCAAAAUUAAAUAG